UGUUGAAAGAAAAAACUAGUGUUAAGAAAGGCGGAUGGAAAGAGGCUUAGAUUACCAAAUUUUCUGUCGUCUCGUCUGCCAAAUUUCGACCGUUGAAACUUGAAAAUCCUUACUCCAUCCCCACAAAACAAAACGGUCAUCCCUGUUUCUCAUCUCAACUCAUAUAUAUCUGACUCGAAACCUUUCCAAAUUAUUCUCUCGAUACCCUACUACUGCUCCUGCUCUUUCAUCUGUUUCUCUCCCUAUAUCCACGCUGCUGGUAAAGUGAUUGAUAUUCUCUUGUUGGAGUUGGACCAACAACAGAUACCAAAUUCCCAUUACACUAAUUCCAUACCCCAAUGGAGAAUAUGCUGGGAACCGCCCUUAAUCAGAUGGAGUCUAACACUUUGGACGCCACGAGUCCUCCUCCUCACAAUCUGCAGAAACCUAUUAAAAGCCCAGUUUCGCAAAAUACUGCGGCUGCUCCCUGCAAAUCUGUGACUCCUAGUCGUCUUAAGGUUCCCAAGGCUUUCAAAUAUCCUGAGAGGUAUACUAGUCCAACCGAUCUUAUGAUGUCUCCGGUGUCGAGAGGACUUCUUGCCAGAAGUAGAAAGCCCGGCGCCCUCUUACCUCCCUCCAAGAAUCAACCCCAUCUUCAAGGUUUACAGCGUCAGGAAGUCAGACUUUUCGGGAUAUGAAACUUUGGGUCAGUGGAGCAGCAGUUGAAGAGUUCUUUCACCUUUCGGUCUGAUAAUCAGCAAAACAGAGACCACCUAAUGGGGUUCUCCAUUUCUUUGCCUCCCUUUUGUUUCAAAAUUUUUUGAUCUAUUAGAAAAGUGGUCUGUAUGUUGUGUACUUUUGUCGAAUUUAAUGCAAAGGGUUCACCUUCUCCGUACCAUUCAUAUUCA